AUGGCUUGGUGGGAAAGCCACUGCUGCAAUUACUUCACGAGUGUGUUUGUAUCCUUGGGUGUGUUCCUCUUUGGCUAUGAUCAAGGUGUGAUGUCCGGCAUUAUAACUGGGAGGCACUUCAAGGAUUACUUCAACCAACCGUCCCGGGCUACCAUCGGGACUGUGGUCGCCGUCCUUGAAAUCGGCGCAUUCAUAUCAUCCCUCCUUGUGGGGAAGGUGGGCGACGUCAUCGGUCGCCGGAGAACUAUUCUUUAUGGUUCGAUUGUCUUCUUCAUUGGCGGUGCGUUUCAGACGUUCGCAAACGGUAUACCGAUGAUGAUGGUUGGGCGUGUGAUUGCUGGACUCGGUGUCGGCGCGCUAUCCACCAUUGUACCGGUGUACCAGUCAGAAAUCUCGCCUCCUCACAACCGGGGAAAACUUGCAUGCAUCGAAUUCACAGGAAAUAUCGCUGGAUAUGCGACCAGUGUGUGGGUUGACUACUUUUGUAGUUUUAUCGACAACGAUUAUUCCUGGCGUCUUCCACUGCUGUUUCAGUGCAUUAUGGGUGCCUUGCUUGGCUUUGGUAGCUUGCUUAUAUGCGAAUCACCGAGAUGGCUUCUUGAUAAUGAUCACGACGAGGAGGGUAUGGUGGUAAUCGCCAACCUUUACGGCGAAGGCGACCUACUUAAUGACAAAGCCCGCCAAGAAUACCGUGAGAUCAAGAUGAACGUCCUCGUCCAGCGACAGGAAGGCGAGCGCUCUUACGCAGACAUGUUCAGUCGCUAUCGCAAGCGCGUUCUGAUCGCCAUGUCGGCCCAAGCUUUAGCCCAGCUCAACGGAAUCAAUGUGAUCUCCUAUUAUGCACCCCUCGUGUUUGAAUCGGCUGGCUGGAAGGGUCGGGAUGCCAUUCUCAUGACUGGAAUUAAUGGAAUUUCAUACCUCUUGUCCACUAUACCCCCCUGGUAUUUGGUGGAUGGAUGGGGCCGGCGUCCUAUCUUGCUUUCGGGUGCUGUGGCGAUGAUCAUUUCACUCUCUCUGAUCUCGUACUUCAUAUACAUCGAUAUCCCCGCCACACGCACCCUCACAGUCAUCUUUGUCAUGGUCUACAAUGCAGCCUUCGGGGCGUCGUGGGGACCCAUUCCAUGGCUCUACCCUCCGGAGAUCUUGCCUCUGAGCAUUCGGGCCAAAGGUGCCAGCUUGAGCACCGCUUCAAACUGGGCAUUCAACUGGCUCGUGGGUGAAGUGACCCCUGUUCUCCAAGAAGCCAUCAAGUGGCGGUUGUAUUUGGUCCAUGCAUUUUUCUGCGCCUGUAGUUUUGUACUUGUUUACUUCCUGUACCCCGAGACGAGUGGCGUUCGAUUGGAAGAUAUGAACGAGCUCUUCGGCGAUGCCUCGACUGCGAUGCCCACACCUGCCACUCAAGGCGAGCGAGGUUCAUUAAUGGGGGCUGGAUCACCCGUUCCCUCGCUGGACCUGCGGCGGCAGUAUGGCCAAUUUGGAACGGAGAGUUCAAUCCCAGGACUUGACAUCGAUCCCCCCAGUCUGAGUCCCGAUAGAGUCACCAAACGGGGCCGUUCAGAUUCCCAGCAGAGUGGUUCCCGACGGGAAGGACUUGGUGGGUGGAUCUCAGGUAUGAUCAAUCGAAACCGCCCCGGAACGAGCAGUCAAUAUCGGCGACUUGAACAAGGUGAAGAUGAACGGUGA